AUGGAGCUGGAAUUUGAUUUGCAGGAGUUCCAGAAGCGCUCACUCUCGGAGAUGUUGAGGCUGUCGGAGGAGGAGCUGGAGGGCAGAAGUUUGAAGACGUGGAAAGUACUAAUAUAUGACGACGAAUCUCGUAAGAUAAUAAGCCCAAUUCUACGCAUUGGUGACCUUAGACGACAAGGAGUAACUCUUAAUUUGAGUCUGUCAGAUCGUCGUGAACCAUUACCGGGAGUUGACGCAGUGUAUUUGGUUACUCCAAAUGAGGAGAAUGUGAACGUAAUUCUGUCCGACGCCCGAGAGAAAAAGUACUCGCGAGUGCAUUUAAACUUCACAACGUUCACCUCUGACGUCUUUCUGAGUGAUUUUGCACGUAAAUUUGCAGAGAUAAACGCGUUCAAUUCAGUGGCCUCAGUUACUGACCGCUAUCUCCACUUUGUUUCACUAUCGCCCGUGACCUUUUCACUUAACCUGCCAUUAGCAUUCAAAUCUUUUUACGGCGACAGUUCUGAAGAGACCGCCGAUGCUGUUUUGGAAACACUUGUUGACCGACUACUCUCAGUACUUGUAACCUCUGGGUCACUUCCAUUCAUCCGCGCGCCACGCUCCAACUCACCAGCCUCUUCAGUCUCACAGAGAUUAUCCACCAAGUUGUUUGAACUAGUGAGUUCAGGGAAGGGCCUGAAUCUCUCGAGUUAUAAUAGACCCUUAUGUAUAAUUUUGGACAGGACUAUAGACCUGGGAACCAUGAUCCAGCAUAGCUGGAACUACCAACCGCUUUUGCAUGACCUUUUUGGAAUUGAUAACAACAAGGUGACAAUCUCGUCCGGACUCACAAGGAAAUCCUUUGACCUUGAGUCUAGCGAUAAAAUCUAUCAUUCCAUUCUAUCACUGCCACUUUCUGAGGUCGCAAUGUACAUUUCAAACUCACUCGAAUAUUAUAAUACACAAAUUACACAAAUUAAUAAAUCGGAUGAUAGUGGGAAUUUGGUAAAUGCGAUAAAUGCAAUACCACAACUGACUGAGCAGAAAAGGUUAUUGGACAUGCACACUAAUAUAGCUACUACACUGGUAGACACAGUAAAACAACGUGAUAUUGACCGGUUCUACGAGUUUGAGUAUGACCUUGACAUCAUGUAUGACAAGAACUCACUUCAAGCCUUUGAAGAUUUAUUAAAUAACACAAACGCAACACCAAUGGACAAAUAUCGUUCAUUACUCAUUCUAUCACUCUCAAAACCUAAUAUAAGUGAUGAGGUAAUGAAUGAGUAUGAGGAGAGGAUAAAGAAACCCAGUGGUUUAAAAUGUGAAGGUUUAAAGGGUUUAAGGAACAUAAUGCGCAUCGGUGAUUUCAGCUCAAAUAUUCUUAAACACAUUCAAACCGCUGUUAUGAAUCCCAGUGGUGCCACCAAUCAGUCAGCUCCUUUAAAUCAAUCCUUUGUAAAUACAAGCUCCGCAAUGAAUGAUAAGAAGAAUGAGUCUAGUCAGCCUAAAUCUGAACCUUCUCAAGCUCACAAGAAACUUGCUAAUUAUAGUAGUAAACUUAUUGGUACAGGAUAUAACUUGUUUAAGGUCCGUUACGGUGCUUGUACACUCCAAUUUAGUUAUUACCCCCUGAAAGGGGGUGUUCGUAAUUUAUUGCCUAGAAAGAAGAAUUUACAUAUAGUGAAGAUAGUCGAGGACCUGAUAAAUAAUUCCGAGAGCAUUUCAGAUGAUUUUGUACUAUUUGACCCCAAAAUCUCAGAUGCGCCAACCACCAAAUCGAAUAAGAGAAUUACUUGUAAAAAAUGUUUCAUAUUCAUAGUUGGAGGUGCUUCAUACAAUGAAGCUCUAGCCAUCUCAGAAUUAUCCACAAAACUCAAACACACAGUAAUAUACUUAGUAGAGUUAAUUGUAGUAAUAGUUACAUAG